AUGGUCUCUCGGAGCAUUCAAGCCGAUCACAAAGACCUGAUACAUGACCUUGCCUACGACUACUAUGGUCGUCGUCUAGCCACUUGUUCCUCUGACCAAAGCGUAAAGGUUUGGGACAUUGGGGAUGAAGGCCAGUGGCUCUGUACAGCCUCAUGGAAAACACACGCUGGCUCCGUGUGGAAAGUCACCUGGGCGCAUCCAGAAUUUGGGCAAAUUCUCGCCACCUGUUCUUUUGACAGAACUGGAAUGAUCUGGGAAGAGAUGAUUUCUGAAAAUAGCAGUGGUGAAAGGAACCAGUCAGUGUGGAUAAAGAGGCACAGUUUUGUUGACAGUCGUUCUUCCGUGACGGAUAUUAAGUUUGCGCCAAAACACUUGGGGCUCAUUGUUAGCACAUGCUCACUCGACGGAAUGGUUCGCAUCUACGAGGCCCCCGAUGUGAUGAACAUCUCCCAGUGGUCGAUUCAGCAUGAAAUUCCCUGUGGCAAAGCUUUGAGCUCGGUUUCAUGGAAUCCAUCACUGCAUCGACAAAAUUCUCCCAUGAUUGCUGUUGGAAGUGAUGAUACCAACGCCACUAAUGGUGCGGGAGCGAAGAUUUUCUUCUACGAGUACAGCGACCAAGCGAGGGAAUGGCUAACUAUAACUGACAGAAAUUGGGGGGGAAUCACUGAUAUAGUUCAUGACAUUUCGUUUGCGCCCAAUGUGGGCCGCACUUACGAUCUUGUUGGUGUUGCUACUGCAAAGGAUGUAAAAAUAAUACUAAUUCGCUAUGAAAACCCGAAUGAAAAGGAGUCCACGGCGUCUGUCGCAUCCAGUGUCAUUUCCAGUAACCAGCGAAACAGGAGGGUGUACACGUUGCGCGUCUUGGCGACUUUUGAAGACCACGGCUCGCAAGUGUGGCGCGUCUCGUGGAACAUCACCGGCACCAUUCUCGCUUCAUCGGGCGAUGAUGGCGCUGUGCGACUGUGGAAAGCCAACUGCAUGGAUAACUGGAAAAACGUUGGCGUACUCAAGGCCGACGAGAAUACGAUCAAGAACUUGUCAACGAAGAUGAACGACAACAACCUUGCCUAA